AUGGCUCGGACGCUGCCCUUGUCUCAGCACGGCCCAUUUCAAGCUGAGGCUUGUGACAGUGCACUAGCUCAGGUGGGCUCAGGCACAGGCAGCCAGAGGAAACUGGUACAACAGGGCAGUGUGGCAGGCAUGGCAGCUACUGGCGAGGGUGAUGUAGAAUUGGUAUGGCUGGGCCUUUGGGCCUCGGUGGGAGGGCGCCGGGGCUUCACCUCCAAGGCGGGUCCCCGGGUAGAGGCCGGAGCAUCUAGGCGGGUGCUGAAGGGCGUGGGCCAGAUCCUGGAGCCGCUAGCGCUUGCGGACUUCGGCAGCGGAGAGGCCGUGGCACGGCCGGAGAAAGCCAUCGCGUUCGCCUACAGGCUCUGCGCCGUGGCCACGGACCGGGUGGGGCCCAUGCACUCAGUCCUGGAAGAUGGAUGUCUGUGCUUAAGAUCCGACAAUGUGGUAGAAGGCAACUGUGCCGAAGAACUGCUACAAAACUCCAGUCGAGAUGUGGAGGAGUAUUUUGUGGCCCCCCCAGGUCGUAUCUCUUGGCCAAAGCUAGAUGAAAAAGAGCCCCUCUCACACUGCUGA